AUGAGCGGCGGUAUCCAGACUGUCGGUCGUGAUGGUCGACGGAUGUCCCGGCAACCCACUGGCAAUGUGAUGUUGAACUCCACCGCGCUCCAGGGUGCAAACAUGGCUUUCAACGCCCGCUCACCAAAUCGUGAGACUUCACUGAAUGCCCAAAGCUCAAGAGAUGUACUGCGCGCCCCGAUGAAGUCCGAUCCGCCCCGGUCUACGCGACCUAAAGACGAUCCUGAACCCGAACCUGUAUCCGAGAUGCCAGAGGCCGGUCUUGUCAUGGACAGGAUAAAAGUCUUUUCUGGGAGUACAGUUUCGCGACCCAGUCGGAAUAGAGCUGGCUCUGAUAUUCCUGGCUCAGAUACUCCUCAGAUGCAAGCCGCGCAGUUGGCAGCUUUGAGAUCCGCGUCUCGAACACCCCAGGCUGGUCCUCCCUCUCCAUCCGUCUCACCAGUCAGAAGAGCAAUGACUGGUAGCACUAAUUCUACGAGAAAACCUAUCUCACCGGCACCGAAGCCGGACUUUUUGUCUGUUCAAAAUUCUAGAUCUGUCCAUGCACCAGUCCCCAUCCGCAAAAGCCCGGUUGUCGUACGUUCCCUGACGGGUAACUUGGACGAAGAAAGGGCAAGCUCAACCGGCGGGCGUCUACAAUCUAGACAAACCGGGCUACCGGGUAGCUCGGCCGGAGAACGCCGCCCCAAAGCGGACGAGGUCAUUCGACCAUCAACCGCUCGAGACUCGACAUCUCAACCCAAAUUAACUAAAACUAAACCCCAACCGCCUGCUACCAAACCCAAGCUGGUCCAACCAGCAAGCGACGACAAAAAACUGCAACCUGAACCUCCCAAAAAACCCCCACAUCUUGGCGACAAUGCUCAGGGAAAGAAGUCGCAGGCUUCUGGAACCAGGAAUACGGCUACUCGUGAAACGAGUCAGUCAGAUACUACCAGUAUAAGCUCUGCACGUGCCCAAUCAGUAAACAAUGAAGAAACAAGCUCCGGUAGUCACUACACUACGCCCAGUCGCCAAAACACUGGAAAUGCAAAUGGACAGUCGGGCAUGACAAAGGAAGCCUUGGCUGAUGCGAUUAUUGCUUCUUCAUUAGCUUCAUCUCGGGCGCCGUCGCCAUACAGCGCUCCUCCACCACUGCCUCCGCCUCGUCGAUCGCGGUCGCGCUCAAUUCUGCAUCCUGGAGAUAUAUUAAAGAAGGACCGUCGGACGACGUCUAAUCCUCCCAAGGGACUACGGCAAACUCUAAGAGACCCUCCCAAAUCGGAUGUGGAGGACAACAAAAGCCCAGGCCGACGCCAUUUGAUCAGGCACCAUCCUCAUAAGCACCAUGAAGGUGAUCGCAAGCGAUGGCGUCAAGAGGUAACCGAAACAGCCCGCAAACGAUACGAAGGAGUGUGGGCUGCAAAUAAAGGGCUGUGGGCCCCCGCAGAGAGCGUAAUUUACCGAAUCUUCCCGGAUCUGCCGCGCACUUUGGUUUCGUCGGAUCUAGUCGUGAACCUAGUGGUGCGCGAUAUUUGGGCGCGCAGUCGCUUACCAGCCCACACUUUGGAGCAGAUAUGGAACCUAGUGGACCGGUCAGAAAUCGGCAUGUUAUCACGGGAAGAGUUUGUGGUUGGUCUAUGGCUGAUCGACGAGAUUCUUCAAGGACACAAGAUCCCUGUCAAGGUGCCGGACAGCGUCUGGGAUUCCGUCCGCCAUCUGCCGGGAAUAAAGAUUCCCCAGGAAUUUGGCGCCAGUCGAGCAGUGAAUAAAUAA